UAUAUAUUUUUAAUAUAUUCUUUAACUAUAUUUUUAUAUUGUCCAAGGGGGGGCGGUGAGUAGUAAUAGGGUGGCGGUGAAUAACGAUUGAGUUUUUUGAUCCAUUUAUUUGAACAAUGGGGAGAAAAAGAAAAUGUUGAUAGAAGACGACACCUACCGAUUAUCUUAUACUAAUCAUAAUAAUAUUAUUAAUAUUUUCUUAAUGAAAUAAAAAGAAGCGGGUGAAGCAGAUUCUCCCUUUCUUCAUACCCAUGGAGUUGGCGAUGACCCAGGAUUGAAAGCGGAGAGUAUCGUCCAUGGCAAGACAUUCCGAGAAAUUCUCGGCAGAUUUCGUAAUGGGAGGGGCUGCAGCCAUAGUAGCAAAAAGCGCUGCAGCCCCAAUUGAGAGAGUGAAGCUUUUGUUGCAGAAUCAAGGAGAGUUAUUGAAGAGAGGACAACUUCAAAAACCUUAUAUGGGCGUUGGUGAUUGUUUCCAGAGAGUCUUCCGGGAAGAAGGGACUUUGUCCUUCUGGAGGGGUAACCAGGCCAAUGUUAUUAGAUAUUUUCCUACUCAGGCAUUCAAUUUUGCUUUUAAAGGUUACUUCAAAAGCGUGCUUGGAUGUUCGAAAGAGAAAGAUGGCUACUUGAAGUGGUUUGCUGGAAAUGUUGCUUCCGGAAGUGCUGCAGGAGCUACCACUUCUUUGUUUCUAUAUCAUUUGGAUUAUGCACGAACUCGUUUGGGCACAGAUGCUAAAAAAUGUCAUAUCAGUGGUAAACGACAGUUUAAUGGGAUAAUAGAUGUUUACCGUAAGACAUUGUCCAGUGAUGGAAUUGCGGGUCUCUAUCGAGGUUUUGGAGUUUCAAUAUUGGGAAUUACUCUUUACCGUGGAAUGUACUUUGGUAUUUAUGACACCGUGAAACCCAUUGUCUUGGUUGGACCUCUUCAGGAUAGUUUUAUUGCUAGCUUUUUCUUGGGCUGGAGUGUGACCACAAUUUCUGGGGUAUGUGCCUACCCAUUUGACACCUUACGUCGAAGAAUGAUGCUCACUUCUGGACAGCCUGUGAAGUACAACAGUGCAAUGCACGCAUUCCUUGAAAUUAUUCGAGUAGAAGGUUUUAGAGUUCUGUUUAGAGGGGUCACGGCUAACAUGCUGCUUGGUGUGGCUGGGGCUGGAGUGCUUGCUGGGUAUGAUCAACUGUACAAAAACAACACAGAUUUAUCAAUGUUGUUCUGUGCUCAAGGAAAAAAUGGGAUGAAAAUGGCACUUGUUGAAGUGAAGUUAUGGAAAGAGGAAGUUUGGCAGUCAUGGAAGUACAGAGUAGCUUUAGUGGUUUUUGGCUUUGCCAUUUUAGCUAGAAUUUCUGUUUGGGAAAUGGCACUUAGGAAAGCACUGCAAUAUUACAUGGUGCUCGGCUCGAUAGAAUGUGACACCGAAAGCUUGAGAUAA